AAUCAUAACAGCUUUCGCACUCAGAAUUCCUCGGCUAGCAGUAUCCUCUCUUCCACCCACGCAGUCAGAUCACUUGACUUCGACACAAACAACAACAUCACCAGACACCAUGAAAUCUCACCAAUCGUCAAUCAAAGCCGGAAUCAAAGCUGUUCAUCCCAAAGAACAGUCAGCACCAUGUCUUCAACUCGAGAAGUCCACUCCGUGGCAUAUAUACUAAAAAACGACGGGGUCCUUCCUCACCAAAACUCACCAUUCGGACGAAAGAGUAGGAAUGAGAGUUCCCACUCGCUCACAAACUUCGGCUUUCAUAAACAUAAAUACGCCAUUCAAGGGAUCGAAAAAGUCGACCUCAACGGCUACAAAUUCCUCCGACAACCGCUCCGGAUCGAAUACUGCCAAAUCACCAAACGAUGGAUGUUCAGCUCCGAAAUCCGCACUCGAAAAGUCAUCGUCCCGAUGUGCAGAGAUUUGAACUGUAUGGCAAAAGAUAUGAGUCUUUGCGGAAAGACUGUCGACAUGGAGCUCUUUUGCCUUGAUGAUGCGGAAAGCUGGGUCGUCAUUGGCAAGGGAGGCCGAGGGCAUCUUUCGAGAAGAUGGGAAAAGCACUUGGGCGAGAAUGGAAGGUUGUAUUGUGUGGAUGAGAAGACGGAGUGUAUGAGGAGACAGACUGUUGAGGAGGUGAAAGCUAGCCGCUUGAGGCUAGAGAGAGAGAAGGGAAAGUUUGGAUUCUUCGAAGAGGAUGCGAGUUACAUGGCCGUUGUCAGAUACUUGGAGAAGGAAUGAAUGACCGGCGAGGGAUCAAGGACUUAAUGCAGUCUGAAGAGGCUGUCAUACUCUGGAUCGAAGACAGACUUUCGCUUGCAAGCGACAAUCCAGCCUCAGACCGCAUCAGAAAACGACAAAUUUCUCCGACAAACGGCAAAAGACUGGCACCAAAUGAUUCGGAGGGCUCUUGCGGUGGACGAGGGUCAAUGUGAAAGGAAUGAACAUAAAGUCAGCACUCCUGUGGUAAAGAGAGUGUUUUCGGGCUAAUGCAAGGUCUCAGGCUAGAAAUUCAGAAAGGCUUUUGCUAAGAUUUGGAAAACAGGGAGCAAAAGCUAGAAUGGGAGAAUACCUUUUGUCCUGAACUGCAAGUCAUACAAGCAGCAGGUUUUAACGGUGCUCCUAGUUAGACAGUAA